CCAAGCUAGCUUUGAGUAUCCCGUUCUAAUUCAAGUGUAUGUGUGUUUUGUUCAUCAAGAUCUUGCCUUGGAAUUGAUUUCGGAGUGGAAGAUGGUGCUGUUGGCGGCUGCCGUGUGUACCAAGGCUGGCAAGCCGUUGGUAUCGCGUCAGUUUGUGGAGAUGACGCGCUCCCAUGUCGAAGGCUUACUGUCAUCCUUUUCCAAACUCAUUCAAACCGAUACUCAACAUACGUUUGUUGAAACUGAGAGCGUUCGAUAUGUCUAUCAGCCUUUGGAGAAGCUGUACAUGUUGCUGAUAACGACUAAGCAGUCGAACAUUUUGGAGGACCUGGAAACUCUGCGUCUCUUCUCCCGAGUGAUCCCAGAGUAUUGCACUGUGAUCGAAGAGAGAGAAGUGUCUGACAACGCAUACAACCUGAUCUUCGCAUUUGACGAAAUCGUGGCACUGGGAUACCGGGAGAAUGUCAACCUUAACCAAAUCAAGACAUUCACUGAGAUGGAGUCCCAAGACGAGAAGGUCUAUCAGGCCAUUCGUGUCACACAGGAGGCAGAGGCAAAGGAGGAAAUGAAGAGACGUGCUAAGGAGUUAGACAUGAAAAGGCGAGCAGAGCAGAAAAGUGGCCGAUCAGGGUCAGGGUAUGGUGUCAGCAUUACUUCUAGCAGCAGCCUGUCAUCAACAUCGUCCAGCGGCCUAUCCUCUUCCACUGCCGCAGCGAGUAGUCUACCCGCUCCCACGCCACGCUCCACUGGUCCCUCCGCGUCCCGCGGUAUGCGUCUGGGCGGUAAAAAGCAGGUUGACGACAUUGUGGCUGAGCUGGGAGGUCAGACGGGCCAUUUCAACGCACCUCGCCAAGCAGCAGCCCCGGCCAAGUCCACAGCUGCACGCUCAAGCGUCCACAUCAAGGUGGAAGAGCACAUGAGCAUGACAGCGGAUCAUGAUUCCGGCAUGGAGAGUCUCGAAGUCAAGGGCAUUGUGCUGUUGAAUAUCAACAGCGAGGACAACGCCAAGUGCCGCAUCGCCGUUCGAAAUGAUGAGGAUCGUCCCAUCCAGUUCCAAACACAUCCGAAUGUUGACAAGAAGCUGUUUGGAUCAGAGAAUAUCAUUGCGCUGAAGGCUGCUGGCAAGGCAUUCCCGCUGAAUUCCGACGUACCAGUUCUCAAGUGGAGAUUUGCCACCAAUGAUCAGUCUCAUCAGCCGCUGUUGAUCAACUGCUGGCCAUCUGGGCUGGGCGAUGGCAAAUGCGAGGUGAAUAUCGAGUAUGAUUUGCUCAACGAGCAUCUGGAGCUUCGCGAUGUUCUCAUCUCUAUCCCGUGCCCGUCCGGCGUCGGUGCUCCCAAGGUGGGCAACUGCGAUGGCGAGUACAAGUUUGAGAACCGUCGCAGCGUCAUGGAGUGGCGCAUUCCCGUUAUCGACUCCUCGUCCAGCAAGCAGGGCAGCCUGGACUUCACCAUUCCCGCGCGCGAAGAGGACUUCUUCCCGGUGACCGUGAGCUUCACGUCCGAAUCGACCUUCUGCCACCUGGGCAUCUCGGCCGUCAUGAGCUCUGAGGAUGAGCGUUCGAUUGCCUAUUCGAAUGAUAGCAGCUUAAUCGUUGACAAGUACGUAGUUAAUUAAGCCUCCCCUGAGCACUGUUGUAUUUUGCUAUUGCUUGCUGUUGCUUUUAACACUACCACAUGUAUGUGUAUAGUUCAUUUUUUACUCUAAUAUUAUGCUAUGUUUUUGAUGAUUAUAUAAAGCCUUAAAGGUAAACUUCAGGAAAGGGAUCCAGAGGAACAGUG